AUGGUGAUGGUCGUGGAUGAAUGGCACAACAAUGGGCCUCAGGAUUUAGUCACGAUAUCUCUGUGCAUUCAAAAUGCCAUCAAUAAAAUGCACAUGUGUCUGUUGUCCAUAACAUAUACCUGCCCAUACCAUAACGCCACCAUCGGCCACUCCACCCAUGUUGAGGUCAUCAAGCAAAUCCCUCAUCCUCACGACGCCAUACAUGCUGGCUGCCAUCUGCCCUGUAUAGGGAAAACCAUGAGGAAAACACCUCUCCAAAGUGCCAGAUGCCAUCGACUGUCAGCAUUUGCCCACUCAAGACGAGCUGCUGUCUGGUUAAGACCUGGAUGAGGAUGAAGAGUAUGCAGAUGAGCUUUCCUGAGAUGGUUACUGACAGUUUGUGUAUAAAUUCUUUGGUUAUGGAAACCGGUUGUUGCAGCAGCUGUCCGGGUGGCUGGUCUCGGACAAUCUUGGAGGUGUAGAUGCUGGAUGUGUAGGUCUGGUUACACAUGGUUUGGAGAAGGCUUAGAGAGUAGAGACAUGAACAUUCAAUUCACGGGCAACAGCUCUGGUGGACAUUCCUGCAGUUAGCAUACCAAUUGCAGACUCCCUCAAAACUUGCGACACCUGUAGCAUUGUGAUGUGGGAUAAAACUGCACAUUUUAGUGUGGCCUUAAUUGUGGCCAGCCUAGGACUACGUUUACACGUGGGCGGCUAUUUUCAUAAACCUCUCCGGUUUCAAAAAUAACUUCGUGCACACAUGUCACUUUUCAGAAAAGUGUUCAUUGACACGUACUCAUGUAUAUAUGCUGUCAAAAGCAUGCCAAACCUCUAGGUGGCGGGGUAACAAGAAGCUCAAGCCCACGUAAGCCAAUUAGAAUCUCGAAAACAGCAACAAAUUAGUGAUGGGAGAAGUUAAGCUUUUCGAAGCUUCUAAUCAAUUGAACCAAUUGCUUCGAAAAUUGAUUCAGUUUUUCGAAGCAGCUCGAAACACCACACACGCUGUCGACCCCUGCUGGUCAAAAUAGUGUAAAAGCAGAUAUGUCCAAACAUUUAACACUUUUUUUGACAAAAUAAUAGCAAGAUUUGUAUUAAAAUAUGUUUAAAAAAUUAUUUUUACUUAAUUAAGACAUAGUAAAAAGUCUAUUAUGUGUUUUUAGUUUUAUUUAGGGCAAACAAAUCAUAAAAACUAACUACCCUUUUAAUUAUGCAAAUUUUUGUCAUUAAAUCUGUCUAUAAACAAAAAUUAGACAAAAUGGCAGUGUUAUUAGUCAGAAGGAUAAAUGUUUUAUGAACUUUAAUAAAACUGACCCAAGUUCACCUAAACAUAUUAGACACUGGUCAUGUGAUCAACUCCCCCUAGUGGUGAACCAUCGGAUUUUCGAAACGUUUCGAAACAGUUAUGACGUAAUGAAGCCUCGUUUGCUAAAAUCACGUGACUUGGGCCAGUUUGAAACAAGCUCCGAUCCACUGAUUCGAAACAAAAGAUUCGUAAAUGUUUCGAAGCCUCAUGAAGCAGUGCUUCGAAAACGACCAUCACUACAACAAAUCACUUCUUGUUCCUUUGAACAAGGUCACACUUUUAGCGUAGAUGCAAGGUCUGGCGCAUACUGUGACAUUGGCCGCCUAAACAUCCGUUUGUCUCAGUUUACAUGCAACCGAAGAUUUUCCAAAUCUUCACUCUGGCUAGAGUUUUUAGAAAGAAUUGAUUUCAGAGGUGAGUUCUCCAUUUGCGAGGAGAACCAUUUUCAGUUUUUCAAAAUAACCAUGUACGUGUAAACAGGGCCUAAGGCACACCUGUGCAAUAAUCAUGCUGUCUAAUCAGCAUCUUGACACACCUGUGAGGUGGAUGGAUUGUCUCGACUUCUAAGGAGAAGUGCUCACUAACACAGAUUUAGACAGAUUUGGGAACAAUAUUUGAGAGAAAUAGGCCUUUUGUGUACUUAAAAAGUCUUAGAUCUUAGAGUUCAGCUCAUGAAAAAUGUAUCAGUGAAAUAACCUGGUGAAAGAAUUAUGCAUUGUUAAGGCUAAAGUGGGAGCUUACUUUAUGUGGGGGAAGAAAAAUGUUACAAUCUUAUAUUGUAAGAAAUGGGCACAUUUGUGUGUGUGUGUGUGUGUGUGUGUGUGUGUGUGUGUGUGUGUGUUUUGCAGCAGUAGGACAAUGUGACCCUGUACUAUUAGGCCUACUGCACAUGCAAAACCUUCAUUACUACUUUGUUUAUCCCUGUCGUGUGUAAACACGCCCCACCAUUCAAACUGCUUUCGUUUUCAAAGGCGGAACUCCUUUAGAUCUUUACGUGAAACUGUUUAAACAUAUCCAUUGUAUGUUACAUGAAGUAUAUGCACUAAACAUUUCUGGACUGUAUAAUUUUCGAAGCUCGUACUUGAAAAAUGAUCGAGGACAAGCCAGAGGAGCAGCAGCAGGACUCUUGCAAAGAGGCUCAGUUUCUAAAAGACAAGUAUGCAGGUAUUGUUGCAAGGGUCACAUCUGUAAUGCCACUGGCAGAUGAUUUAAAAAGUAAGAACAUGAUACAUGAAGAAACUUACUCAAAGAUCAGAGCAGAAGAGACAAACCGAGAGAAAAUGAGGACGCUUAUGACAGCAUUGUGCAAUAAAGAAGCUAUUAAAGCCUUUUAUAAUGCACUGAGUAUACAUGAACCAUACCUCUUCGAAGAGCUGGGUGGUGUUACUAGGAAACGCAAGCUUUCUGAUACCGAAUGCCAAGUACCAGCCAAAAAUAAAAAACCUAAUACUGAGAAUAAACAACAAUUUGAACCUAACUAUAACAAUGACACUAUGAUGGCACCACCACAACCAGCAACACAAUACAAUGUUACCAAUAUAAACAUUAAAGAGAAACCCGUGUGCUCUUUAAAUCCACCUAUCUGUCCAGUGCCUGUGCCAUGCACUGGGGCAAUUAAUUUAAUGAGCAAUUGUGCUCUUAUAAAGUCUCCUGUAUCCAUUAAGAAGAAGCAGUCCCCUGCCUCCAAGAAAGAGAAGAAGCCCCCUGCAUCCAAGAAAGAAAAGAAGCCCCCUGCAUCCAGGAAAGAGAGGAAGCCCAUUGCACCCAAGAAAGAGAAGAAGCCCCUUGCACCCAAGACAGAAAAGCCCCUUGCACCCAAGAAAGAGAAGAAGCCCCCUGCAUCCAAGACAGAAAAGGCUACUGCACCUAAAAAGCAGAAAAAGGCCCCUGCAACCAAGAAACAGAAAAAGGCCCUUGCAACCAAGAAACAGAAAAAGGCCCCUGCAACCAAGAAACAGAAAAAGGCCCCUGCAACCAAGAAACAGAAAAAGGCCCCUGCAACCAAGAAUCUGAAAAAGGCCCCUGCAACCAAGAAACAGAAAAAUGCCCAUGCACCCAAGAAAUAGAAGAAGCCCCCUGCACCCAAGAAAGAGAAAACACCAGAAAACAGAAUCCGCCUCAAAGCAAAGUAGGACCCCGAACCUAAACACUAGCUGCAUUUACAUGGACAUUUGUAAUCCAUUUAAAUGAUCAAUCUGAAUAAAAAUGCUCCAUGUAAACACCUCAAUCGGACUAAAAAGUGCCAAUCUGAUUAAAAAUCGAAUCCGCUUGUUAGGGGUGGUUUAUCCGCUCAAAAGGAUAUGUAUACACUUGAUCGGAUGGAUAACUGAAACUGGGACCCUCUGCCCAUGUGGCAUCUUUUCUUCUUUUAAUAGCGGUUGGCAAACCCACUGAAAGGCGCAUUUCUGCCACCUACAGGACAGGAGUGUGGAGCAUAUUCACACGUGCAAUGACGUAGAAUUGCCGUAAUGACAUGUGACGCAAAUAACUCGAGUUUGUUUUUUUGAAGGAAAUCACAAGAAGUGAUUGUCUUGUUAAUCUUGUUCCUAUUAUCCUUCCAUUUCCCUAUAAAGUGAUACAAGACAGCAUUGUCCGGUCAGUCCAUGAUUUAUUCUCUGAUCAACAAACGCGUGUGUUUGGACUCGCUCUCGCCAAUGGUCUCUGCAGCACUGCGUGAAGUAAAAUACGCUUUUUGGGCACAUGUGAAUGGGUGUUUUUGCUGCUGCUUUAUAAUCAGUGAGGCACAAAGCAAAUCUUGAAACAGCGUGAAACUAUAUUUGU